GUGUAGUGAAUGAGGGAGGCAGGCAGAGAGGUAGGCUAGGAAGGAGAGAGACACUCAAACACAUAUAUACUCGCUUCCAGUCAGAGCUCUGCAUGCGGUCGGGUGGGGGGGGACUCAAGCUGAAACUGAAGUAUCAAACGAAGAAAUAAUUUGAACUCACUAAAGCGGGGAUCAAAGCGAGAACCAACAUGGCUUCUGAUCAGACGCACUUGUUCUCACGGGAUUUUUGCCUUUUUCUAUUAGCCUUAUACGGUGGGAUUCAAAUCUGCCUUGGAUUUAACAUAGAUACGCGAUUCCCGGUGGUGAAAGAAGGGCAGACGAGCGGGAGCUUCUUUGGGUUUUCCGUCGCACUGCACAAACAGACGGAGGGUGCUACCAGAUACCUGCUUUUAACUGGAGCCCCAAAGGAGAAAGCAUCCCCAGCGCUCAAGGUCAAUGAAACUGGAGCGGUUUAUUAUUGUCCCAUCACCACAGACACCAAGGACUGCACCCGUGUUGACCUGGUUAAGAAUGUCAAUCCCGCUCAGGAAAUGGUGGAGGACAUGUGGCUGGGAGUCACUGUGGCCAGUCAAGGAGGUGCCAAUGGGGGGAGAGUGUUGGCUUGCGGACACCGCUACGUGAAGAUCUUGAUGUCUGGCUCUGAGGAGCAGAGGCGCAUGAUUGGGAAGUGCUUUGUGAGAGGGAACGAUCUGAGCUACAACCCCAAUGAUGAUUGGCAGUCACAUCACUAUGAGGUGUGCAACCCUGCCAAUGACAUGAGCAGUGAAGGCAUGUGCACCAUGGGCAUGUCAGGAGGCAUGACGGAGACGGAAGUAUACAUCGGCACUCCGGGGAGCUUCACAUGGCAAGGAAGUGUUGACGUGACCUGGUGGAACCCUAAAGCAUCCUGGGAUCUGUACGAAAGAAAGUAUCCUAACACGGACAACAAUAACAUCUAUAUCGGAUAUUCAGUACAAGAGGAAAAGAACAUGCUACACGCUGAUAAGUACACCGUUAUAGCUGGUGCUCCUCGAGCUUCCCACAAGGGGGCAGUCUUUCUGAUGGAUAUCAACACGGACGUCAUUGGGUUCAACACGAUGCUGUCCGGAGAACAAGUGGGCUCGUAUUUCGGAAACAGUAUUGCAGCAGCAGAUCUGAACAAUGAUGGCUGGAAGGACCUGCUCGUCGGAGCUCCAUUCUAUUUCGACCGGAAGAAGGAAAAAGGAGGAGCCGUUUACAUAUUCAUGAACGAGGGCGGGGUUUUCCAGAACACCUCCACUCUGGUCCUGAAGGGAGUCAGCGGCUCAGGGUUUGGGUUUGCCGUUGCCAGCGUGGGAGACGUUAACCAGGAUGGCUUUGAAGACAUUGCCAUCGGUGCUCCCUUUGAUGGAUCUGGCAAGGUGUUCCUUUACUGCAGCAGCAAAGAGGGACUUUCCAAAGAACCCAAACAGGUGAUUGACGGCAAUGAGAUUGGCGCUAGCGGCAUCAAGGUGUUUGGAUACGCCAUCAACGGCGGCCUAGAUGUUGAUGAUAAUUCUUACCCAGAUAUCCUUGUGGGCAGCUUGGAUGAUAAGAUUGCACUACUCAGAGCUCGUCCAGUUAUCCAGCUCUCCAAAACAUUCAAUGUGAGCCCAAAUAUCGUGGAUCCUGCCAACUGCACUGAUGACUCCUGUAUUAAGGUGAAGCUGUGUUUCUCCUAUAUUCUCAGCAACGGAAACACAACAUUUCAAAAGAACAUCACUCUUAAGUACAGGCUAGAAGCAGACGCAGACCGCCGCUCUCCUCGUGUGAAGUUUCUCAAGCCAAGUUCUCUAUCAGUCUAUGAGGGCUACUUCUCCAUGCCAGAGACCAAAUGUCAGACUAUCAAGCUCAUACUGACAGAUAACAUUCAAGACAAGCUGCACCCAAUUGAGUUUGUGCUGAACUAUUCCAUCUAUGAGAAGACGGCAAGGAGGCGCAGGGACAUUCAGAGCUUGGAUGCCUACCCAGUGUUAAGUGAAGAGCAAACCCACCGAGACACACAAGAGAUUCACUUCCAUAAGAAAUGUGGAGCAGACAACAGGUGCAGAAGUAACCUACAGAUGACUGCAGCCUUCGCCUCCUUUGCCCCCGAAGAACAACUGCCCAGCAAGGCUGGGAAGCAAGUCCUGCAGUACAGCCCUGAUGUGAAGAAGCUCCUUCUCGUUGUGAACGUGACCAAUCUGCGCACUAACACUCGUGAAGCUGAGGACGCCCACCAAGCCAUCCUCAACAUUACCCUCCCUACGGCGCUGCAGUAUUCGGGGGUCCGAUCGGAUAACAACAUUGAGUGUCAUGCUGAAGAGACGGUGAUCUGUGAACUAGGAAACCCAUUCAAAAGCGAACAAGAGGAAACAAUCCGGCUCAUUUUUGAAGCCUCUGGAAUCACCCUCAACACACAACAGAUUGAAGCCGAGCUCCAGCUCUCCACGCAGAGUGAACAGGAUGACCUGAAUCCAGUGCCUGUCGUAUUGCAAAUACAGUACUCAGUGCAAGCCUCCUUCUCUGUGGACAAUGGAAGACAGCUAACCUAUUUCAGUGGGUCAGUGAUGGGUGAAUCAGCCAUGAAAAAAGCAGAAGAUGUGGGAAGCCCAGUGGAGUACACAUUUAAUGUUGCAGUAAAAGGGGAGCCCCUGGGCAGUAUGGCUACCUUAGCAGUGGUGUUUGAUUGGCCCUAUGAAGUCGCCAAUGGCAAGUGGCUACUGUACUUGACUGAGAUUGUGACAAAGGGAACGGCAGAGAGCCACUGUGUUCCAAAAGGAGACAUUGUCAAUCCUCUCAAUCUUACACUGCCUAGUCGAGGAUCAAACAGGAGAAGGCGGGAGGCUGACUUGCCUCAGGGCCUGGAGGCUGGAUCAACUCUGCCGACGUCAAAGAAGGGAAAAAUAACCGUGACUCUGGAUUGUUCUCAAAAAACAGCAAACUGCAUCACUUUCAGCUGCCCUCUUCUCAACAUGACCAAUAAGGCCACUGUGAUCGUCCGCGCACGAGUGUGGAACAGCACACUGCUGGAGGAUUACUCGGAAGUAGGCCGUGUGACAGUGAAGGCCAAAGCAACGCUGAAAUUGGACACCAAGAAACCAACAAUCAAAAUGACAGAGACAACACAUCCGAUCAUCCUGGAAGUGGACUCUGAAAUCCUAGAGGAGACUCCUGGAGAUAUUGCACUGUGGAUUAUCAUUGUGGCUGUGGUGGCAGGAAUUCUGCUACUGGGGUUAAUCAUACUGCUGCUGUGGAAGUGUGGCUUCUUCAAGCGGGCCAGCAGGAGGGAAAUGUACGAGGCCAAGGGUCAGAAAGCGGAGAUGAAGAUCCAGCCCUCUGAGACAGAGAGGCUGACCGAGGACUACUGAGAAAGGGCCCUUCGGGGCCAUAGGCACAUUUCACCGGGGUUCAUUGUGUGGCUUCUUUAAGAGAACAAGCUUUUACAGGGUAAUGCCGAAGUACCAUGCAGUGAAAAUCCGCAAAGAAGAACGCUACCAGUUCAACGAAGGCUUCCUAACCAAGAGCCCAAAUAAAAAAGAAUGGGUAACAAACUGGACAGAAAUGCACCAUUAUUACAACUGACCCCUAGGCUUUGCCCCUCUGCUGCAGGACUCAUUAUUGGGGGGGGGGGGGGGGGGGGCAGAGCGAGAAGCCACACAUUCACCUGGGGCGUUUGUGGUAUAACAAAGGACUAAGCAAAUCGCAUUCAUGUUAAAAAAUUAAUAAAUAAUAAUUAAUUUGCUUCAUCAAAUAUGCUGACUUCUAGUGCAAUAUUAACGUGUUCUGUUUUGUUAAAACUUUGCAACAUGACAGGAAACCAGAUUGAUCAAAAUAUUCAGAGAAAAGUGUCUAUGGACUGCUCAAUAUUUCAUUUAUGUAAACCCAUAUAUAUAUAUUUUUUUGGAUUUUAGAAUCCCCCCCC